AUCGAAAUCCUAUCGAGUGCGUUCGGUCGAAAUCCAAUCAAAUGCUUUCAUCCGCGGGCGUGGGGGAAGGGAGGGGGGAAGGGAGGAAGGGGAGGAGAGGGAAGGGAGGGGGGAGCGAAGGGGGAAGCGAGGGGGAAGCGAGGGGGAGAGGGAAGGUGCGAAAGAAUGCAGAGCUAUGAGAUGCGCGCCUUUCUCCAUACUAUAUCCGCGCGCGUGCCUUCAGCUCGUCCCGCCCGCCUGCAGCCCGUCGCUCCCGCCUUCGGCUUGUCGCUCCGCCCUCUCAGCUCGUCGCUCCCGCCCGCUUGCAGCUCGUCAUGGUGCCUUCAGCUCAUCGUCGCUCCAUUUCUCCCCAUCCUCCAACGUCCUCACCACCGCGUCGCUCCCGCCCUCAGCCCGUCCUCGCUCGCAGACACACGUUCUCGCUCGCAGACACACGCGCCCUUCGCUGGUCAACACGCACCGCUCCUUGGCCGCCGUGAGCGCGCCCCGCCCUCGCCCCGCGCUUACCCUCAUUCGCCCCGCGCUUGCCCACCCUCGCCCCUCUCCCUUCCCUCUCCCUCCUCCCUUCUCUCGCCUCCCUUCCCUCCUCCCUUCCCUCGCCUCCCUUCUCUCCCACCCUCGCCCUCAUCCUCCUUUGCGCCCUCGCUCCCACCCUCUCUCCCCCCUUCUGGACGAUCUCCUCCCCUUUGACACCCUUGGGCGCACUUGUUGCUCGCGCCCCCUCCUUAGUCACUCCUCCCCUUCCCCACCUUGCUCGCUCCCCCACCUUUCUCGCCCUCCCACCUUUCUCGCUCCCACGCCUUGCUCGCCCCCCCUCCUUGCUCGCCCCCCCCUUCCACCCCUCCCCUCCUCCCCUCCCG